AUGUCGAUUUUUGAUGCGCUCGAAAAAUGGACAGGAAAGAAGGGAAGGAAAUUGAGGAGGCGAAAGAGAAAGGGUAUCGCGGAACUACGGCCGUCCGACGCUCGACUUUUUUCUUUAAUCGCGAUAGGCCGUCUUAUGUCAUCCAAAGACGGCACUUCAAGUUCCAACCGCCGCGAUGUUGACUUCCUUCUCUUUGUGCUGUGUUUCGCUAAGCUGGCCUCCCAAGCACCUUCUCUGCGGUACAAGAAGGCUCGCGACGAGGACACUGAGAUGUAUCGCUGCAAAGCCCCUAUAUCAGGCUUGGCUGCAUUACAAUCCGCCUGA